AGACCUAUACCUGUUAAGAAUCUAAGCACUCACAAAUCACCUGGAGGCUCUGAUGGUGGUCUUGAUGGGAGGAGAGAACUUUGAGGUUGUCGUGUAGUGUAGUGUAGAAAAGCUGACACUGCUGGUGAAGAUAAACUAAGCAUAGUCCUCUUCAGUAGUGAGACAGAUGACAGCACUGUUUCCUGUCCCGUGUGUGUGUAUGUGUGUGUUUGUUCAUUCAGCGUUAAAGAACUUUAAUGUCAUUGGAGCUCUGUGAGGCUCAGCAUAAGGAACUGCUUUUAUCACAUGAACAUUGCCAAUCAGAAGGAAGGGAGGGGUCAACAUACCUUAUAGGACCGCUAUAGCUUGCACAGGAACAGAGCUGAUGAGCACUGAGGGAGUGACAAACAUCGGAUGAUCAAGGAUAUUAUUAUUACUCAGUUGAAUUGGUAGCCAAAACGAUGUUCUUGGAAUUAUUAUUACUUCUGCUGGCUUCAUCUCACUCAUCUUCAUCUGCAGCAGCACAACCGCAGGUGAUUUUAGCACAGAUAGGUAACCCUGUUACUCUUCCCAGGACGAAAUGGGGGAAAGACGAAAACGUUCACGUCCACUGGUCCUUCAAUGGUAUUUCAUUGAUUCGUAGGAACCCUACAAAUCCUUCUAUCAGAGCAGAGAAUACUGAGUGGCAAGGGCGAAUCUCUCUUUCAUCAGACUUUUCUCUUAUCAUUUCACAUGUUAAUGCUAGUGACUUUGGGACCUUCCAAUGUUUACAGCAUGAACUUGUAAAUGAGCAUGCAACCACAUACAAACUUUAUGAUGUAAGUAUACACGCACAGGAACCACUGUUAGUCAAUGCCGCUCUCACACUGUCCUGUGAAAUUGAUCAAGGAGCAUUUGUGCUUGUUCGCCCAAGUGUACAAUGGAUUGGGCCUGAUAAUAAGAUUUAUACUGGACAACAAUCCAUGAACAAAAACACUCUGACAGUGAAAACAGUUUCCGCCAAACACAGUGGAAAAUGGACUUGUGAACUGAAAUAUAAUGGUGGCUUUACACUGAAAGCCAUGACUGAUGUCACCAUUGUAGAUCUUGCACCCUCUACAUCGGAUCCCAUUUACACACAUGACUCCGCCUAUAAUUUAAAUAUCCCUUGUUCCUUUUCCUCAAAAAUGACCUGGUCCACACUGAAUAAAGUAGGUGUGACAGAAGGCAGUUGGAGCUUCAGUCCACUGAACCGCUCUGAAUCCCCUCGCACUCUCCUUGAUUUAAACUUAACUCCCUCCGCUGCCUGGAAGUCCCACGAUGGCACACAAAGUUUACUCAUGGAGUCAGAGGUAAAAGAUACUGUACUUGAUGUGAAGAUUUCCAAGGUGUCUGUAAAUAACAGGGGGACCUACACCUGCAAUCUGAAGUUUGGAUCACAAACAAUCAGCAGGAAUGUGCAAGUAGAAGUGCUGCAAGUUAUUUCUUCAGCAGGUAAAGUUAUAUAUGCAGGCUAUCCACUAAACUUGACCUGCACUCUGGGUCACCCCAUGAGCUCUGACCUGGAAGUGAACUGGAUUACCCCCCAUAGCUCAUCUCGGCAAAAUCUCAAUAAUCCUUAUCCAAUGCAGCUGUCAAUUCCUGCAGUAGGACUGAAAGACAGAGGGCGAUGGAUAUGCGAACUCAAAAAGAAUUCCACAGUGCUUACUUCUGCUACAUUCACUUUGAAAGUUGAGAACGCUCCAGUGAAUAUUUGGAUGAUUAUAGCAAUUGUUGUUGGUGUUCUGGUUUUAAUCCUGAUCAUCGUAAUAACUGUCAUCUAUGUCCGGAGGUGCAGAGAGGUGAAGUAUAGACGGCGUAAGAGGAAAUACUGCUGCUGUAAGAAUCCUCAGCUCAAAGGUUUCUACAAAACCUGAAUGAAGCCUUUUGAUCAACAACAAGUAAUGUGCUGGAGUCAAUAAGCUGGAUCAGGACAUCGUAAACAAAGCUUGCAGAGAUGGAGCUU